CGAAAGGGCGGCAUGGCUAGCAGGGUCAAACAGGCAACGGACGGUGUGGAUGUAUGUUCCUUUCUCUCUAGCAAAUCUGCCUAGGAACAAGUCUCGAUUAAACGGAUGUGCAUCAGGCCAUACGGCGCAGAGCCUAGGAUUUGGCAGAUGUGCGUGCCUGUCUGUAUCGCCAGCCAACAAUCGCUGCUGUCAUAGCCAAGCAGUAGUUACACUAGUCGAUUAUACGAACGAGCCGGCGCCGGCGCCGGCGCAUGCUAAACUAGCCUCCGAUCAACUCAGGGUCAAGAUCUCUUCCUCUGCAUGACGUCUUGCAGUAGUAAGGGGCAGUAAGUAGUGUAGGUGUGAGGAAUGAGGAAUGGUAGGAAGCGUAUCAGCGUAGCCUGCUGCAGCGAUAUAAAAGCUGCAUGCCAGGUGUCAGCCCUCGGGUCGAAUCGAUCGCUUCGAGAGAUCCCUGAUCUACGGACAUGUCUCCUCUCUCUCAUAAUAUGUCCGUCGAAUAGCCCAUAUCACCUUGCAUGCCGGCUGUGUCUCACAUUCGCCGCCCGACUCAGGCGCUCUAGGCCUGCGUUGUUGCAUUUAGUCAAUGACGAAACGGGGCCAUCUACAGUGGCGGAUACGACUCUGUCCAGGGAGCAUAUAUUUACCUGCUUGUUCACCUUCACGUUCCCUCGAAUAGUUAUAUAUCUUCGUCCGUAGUCAUCACUAUUCAUCUCUCCUGUUCUCGAUAUCUCCCGUCCUGCGGGUUCCCUUGUUCCACCACAUCUGCGUGGAGAUCAGCGGUAACUAGAGUUAACUGGACAAGAGAAGUAAAGAAGAGCAACACCGAGUAUCUACUCUCGUAGUUACAGACGAGCUUUGAAUCAUCAUCAUCUUCUUCUUCUUCUUCUUCUUUUUUGCUUCAUACAAAAUUAUACCAAAAAUCAAAGGCAGCGACGACCAGCUUCUCCUUUUCUUACGAUUCACCAAAUCCACUUAGUGCUUGCGGGCAAAAGUCAGAACUCAACUUCCCUACGACCGGCCUGAAGCUGCUUUAUUUCCUGCUGGAUAGCCGGAGAUACGUCUCUUUCAUGUUUGAAUGAACAAGACGGACAGCUUUACGUCUGCCGUUUAUCAGUCAAGAUGGGAUUCUGGGUGGACUGGGAGCUGUGGCAGAAGAUGUGCUUUGUUCUUGGAGGUCUUAUUGCGCUUGUUCUCGUGUACGGUACAUGUGUCCAUGCGUACAACAGUUGGAGGAUAAAAAAGAUUGGAGCAGCAGAGAAAAUAAAGAAAGCGGAGGAAGAAGCGAAUAUUGGAACAAAGGAUCUCAACCUCAUACCCUUUGGAUCUCGUGCUCUAGAGAGUGGAAUCGAGAUUGAAGGUAUCUGGGUAUCUAAGACCAACACUCCCCUACCGAGUCCGAUUCCAGCUGCGACCCCUGAAACAACGAGGCCGUGUACCCCGUCCAAUAUCGAGCUUGGAGCUGCCGCUCUCCCGUCUCCUAGGGGAGGAGGUUCUGCCCUGGGGCGCAGACAGGAUGAGACAUUGCUCACAACGAAUGGACUGAAGGCUGCCGUAGCCAGAGGGCUCGAUAAGAAUUCCAGUUCAGAGUCUUCUAGCACAAGAAUCUCAUAUGAAUCGAGUCUGUCGUCGCCCCCUAACGGAGCUGGUACGCAUCAACCAAAACCUCUAUUGUCACUAGAAGCGAGAAGAGGUAUAUUGACACAUCUUGAUUUGAUAGAAGGCGAAGGCACAGAGCAGACAGGUCUGCACGCAGCCCCCAAAGCCGUACACCACUCGAGAAACCAGUCGAAUAGCCAUAUCCCCGUGGGAGACGAAGACCACCUACAGGCACUACACACCCACAGACGGUCCCAUGUAGCGGAGACUGGCCAGCUCGGAGGACCAUGGAGACAACAGCCUGUCUCGGCCUGAGUCCAGAAGAUGAAUUUAAAAGA